UGUCCUUCAUACUGCCGCGGACUUGACGCUCGGUGGUCGCUGCUCAGAGAUUGUUUUACUCUCCGUGUUGCUGCAUUUAAUCACUGCGUCUUUGCAGUUCUCCGAGGCCUGGAACAGUUCCCUUGGAUCUGUCCGGAGGUUAUGGUCUGCACUGGCGAGCGACGCCGCGGUUCUGUGUCUGGACGGGGGGACCUGAACAUCCGGGCCCACAGCGGGAGCAGCCCCUGAGCUGACCCAGAAAGCACCGCCGACGGCCGGGGGCUGGCUGUCCACACGCAGGACGGUUAGCAUCCGGUUGCUGCUGCGGAACCCGGAGAGAUACUCAGGCCUUUGACUGCAGUGAGAAUAUUUUUCGGAGGAUUUUUAGUGUUAUUCUAUACUUUCUGUGGAGCUUGGAGGGCUAGCGAGGAGCUAGCUCCUAGCUAGCUGUCGCCGUUAGCGCAUCUGUCCUAAGCCGACAGAGGGAUCGGGGGCUCCCAGCUCCCAACCGAGCCCUGGUGCUUGGUUAACGGACCUCUGGGAACUAUGGCUGCUAACCUAAUCAAGGAGAUUGUUAGCAGGAACAAGCGGCGGUAUCAGGAAGAUGGGUUUGACCUGGACCUCACUUAUAUCUAUCCCAACAUCAUUGCCAUGGGUUUUCCCGCUGAGCGACUUGAAGGCGUCUACAGGAACAAUAUCGAUGAUGUUGUUCGGUUCUUGGAUUCCAAGCACAAGAAUCACUAUAAGAUCUAUAACUUGUGUGCAGAGCGACACUACGACACUUCAAAGUUCAGCUGUAGAGUGGCUCAGUAUCCAUUCGAAGACCACAACCCGCCCCAGCUGGAGCUAAUCAAGCCAUUCUGUGAGGACCUGGAUCAGUGGCUUAGUGAAGAUGAGCAUCAUGUGGCUGCCAUCCACUGUAAGGCAGGAAAGGGCCGCACUGGAGUCAUGAUUUGUGCCUACUUGCUGCACCGAGGGAAGUUCCAGGAAGCUCAGGAGGCCCUAGAUUUCUAUGGAGAGGUCCGGACAAGAGACAAGAAGGGUGUGACCAUUCCCAGCCAGCGCCGCUAUGUCAUCUACUACAACUUCCUGCUCAGGAACCGGCUGCACUACAAACCUGUGGCACUGCUCUUCCACAAAAUGUUGUUUGAAACCAUCCCUAUGUUCACGGCUGGUACAUGCAACCCUCACUUUGUGGUCUACCAGCUAAAAGUGAAGAUCCACACCUACAACCCUGCUUAUACUCGCAGGGAGGACAAGCUGAUGUUGUUUGAGUUCCCUCAGCCACUACCUGUCUGCGGAGACAUCAAGGUGGAGUUCUUUCACAAGCAAAACAAGAUGAUGAAGAAGGAAAAGAUGUUCCAUUUUUGGAUCAACACAUUCUUCAUCCCAGGGCCAGAGGAGUCCUCGGACAGACUGGAGAAUGGUAGCUUCGCAACACUUCGAGAUCUUUCUGACAGAAUGUUUCAGAAUCCAGAAUUGAUGAUGGGUAGUGAGACCAGCGACAGAGACUUCUUGGUUCUGACACUUGACAAGAAUGAGUUGGAUAAAGCCAAUAAGGAUAAAGCUAACAAGAACUUCUCCCCAAACUUUAAGGUCAAACUGUUUUUCACAAAGACUGUGGAGGAAGGAGCCAACUGUGACACGUGCAGUAUGUCGACCUCAGUGACACCAGACGUCAGCGACAACGAGCCGGAUCACUAUCGCUACUCGGACACUACAGACUCAGACCCUGAGAACGAACCAUUCGAAGAUGAUCUCCAUAGUCAGAUCACAAAAGUCUGACACACACAGAGACACACACACAUAUUCAGUGUAAACGUGUACAUAAAUACACAAGGCCAGGAACACUGGAUGGAGACCAGUAUUCGACCAGACGUCUGGGCCAGAAUUGAUCUGUGGACUCUGGGUUUAAAGAGCUUGGAUCAGAUAAUGACACCAAACUUAUUUUAUCUACUCGGUGCACAACCAAACAAUCAUGGUGGGGUGAGCAGUUGAAAGUGGCUGGGGCACAGAAUGGGACAUUUUAACAGAAACCGAGUAAAACUUGAAUCUCACAAAGUCAGAGGUUUUCUUCAUUGAGAUGAACCUAACCUUUCCUAGAAUCUUCUUUCUUUCUUUCUUUCCUCCAGAAGAAUGUUUUUGUUUUGGAAACAAAAAUAUUCUAACUUUGUUUCCAUUUCUGUCCUGUCUGAGUUCCGGCUUUGGUUCUUCUCUUUAAAUUCUUGAGCAUUAAAUUCUUGUCCAAAAUCAUGUCAGCUGCUUUCCUAUUGAAAUGUUUCUUUAAAUUGAUCAUAAUCCAAUCAGGAUCAGGAUCAAAAAAGAUUUAGAUGUGAGCCCAGAUGCACAUCUGAAUUCAGAAGUUUUAAAAUUAGAGCCUCUGGUUGAGUUUGAUCCCAACGCUCUGGUAGGCAGCUUGAGGAGGUUCUGUUGAAGGAUGAAAAACAGUCUAGAUCACAGAAGGAUAUUUUAGUGUGUAGAUUUUCUGGCUAAUGGUUUAGAAUUUUUUUAAAUAGUUAGAGCAGGAAAUCUUUAAGGUUAGCUUUGGGUUCUGAUCCCAAGAUGUCCUCCUGACAUAAUGUUGUGGAUUUCCAGCUGAGCUUGAUCCAAACCUUAGUGUUGGCACAGUAUGUGUUUGGGUUUCUUAGUUCAGAAGUGUUGGAUCCCCAGGACUCUGUAAUGGUAAUAAUCUUUGGGGUUCCUUGUCUUUGUGGCGAUGUGUCGCUCAAAGGAACUUUCCAGCCCUGUUGAUGAAACCUAUUCCAAAUCAACUGGCAUUUUGUCAAUCAGCUGUUGGGAGUCUGUCAAAUCCCAGGUAUAGGAAGUGUAUUGUUUUCCUCUAGCUUCCAUCUAUCAUUAACCUAAACAGCAAACAAGCUCAUCUCGCUAACCAUCCCUGUUCCAGAUACUUCAGCCUUGUAAAUAUUCCUGAGCAUGUUCAAUCCAGCUAGAAAAGCUCUUCUGGUUGUUUGGCACCUUUCUGUUAGUUUCAUGAACUUAUCAUAUAAGCUACUUCUGGAAAUGCAAUCCAGGUUGUGAAUCCAGGUUUAGAAUGACUGGUCUGAAACUGUAAGAAGGCUGUGCCCCACCCCCCAGAGUGUCACUACAGCUCAGCUGUUUUUUUUUAAGGUUUCUGGUGCUAAAACAUUUCAGAAGGUCUAAUUAUAGAGCCUCCUAAUGGGCCAGAUUUGUCAAAUCAGAAGUGCUUCUGAUGGUUAAGGUAAGGUAAUUUUAUUUAUAUAGCACAUUUUCAACAACAAGGCAUUUCAAAGUGCUUAACUUUGAUUUUUUUCUUUUUUAUAUAUGUGUGUAAUGUCAAACCGGGAUCAUGUAAUCUAGACAUCAAGUUAAAAUUUCUCUGAAGCUACUUGGAGAUGUUCCAGUUUAGAGCCUGACUCUGGUCAGUUUUUUCCUCCCCUAGUUUUCCAUAUAUUUUUUUCCUCUUAUGUUGCAUCAGCGCUGUAACUGUUUGCUAUGCACAGUCUUCAGAUUGGUUCACACGGAAACUGACUGAGCUGGAGCGUAUCUGACAAUGAAGGACUCUUGACCCUUAGUUCAAAUCACUGGUCAUGAAACUUCUCCAUCCGAUCUAGAUCAAUCCAUGGGGUGAAAGCUGAAGCUCUGAUCAGAUAUUGGAUUGGUAGAACCUUGUAGAACAUUCUCUCUCAGGGACAGAUACAGUCUCCUCCAAAAGGGACAGCAAGGCAAACUGCUUUGUUUUUGUUGAACAAUGAAGACAUUUGGGUUUAACAUAUAGAUGUGUUAAACAAUUCAACACGUACCACCCUUUGUUUGAAUCCACUUUUUUCAAAGGAGCCAAACUAUUGGAACACGUGAUCGAAAGGUGUUCCUUGUUGACCAGGUGUUCCAAUAGUUUGGCUCCUUUGAAAAAAGUGGAUUCAAACAAAGGGUGGUACGUGUUUAACAUUGAUUAUUCAAACAUUAAAUAGCUCUGCUUGACUAGUCUUCUUUUUGGCCUAUGCUUAAACCUAUUAGCUAGAUAUAUCUUGUUGAAGAGGAUAAACCAACAUGAAGAGAAGAGAGGUGUUUAAGGGACAAAAGAAAGCCAUUUUGAAGCUGAGAAAAGAAGGGAAAUCAAUCAGGCCCAUUGGCCAAACAAUGGACAUAGCAAGCACAAUUGGAAUGUUCUGAAUAAGAAAGAAACUGAGUCAAAGACGGCAAACAGGCAGUAGCUGAAGACAGAAAUAUUGGGAGAACUGAAUAAAAAUCCUAAAACAUCAGUAAGUGUCAUCACCAACGACCCCACGGUGCAGGGCUGAACUUAUCACAAUCCACUGUUCGAAGAAGACUCCGAUAUAGAGGCUAUACCCAAAGAUGCAAACCACUUAGUAAGAAUCGCAAGGCCAGAUUGCAAUUUGCAAAGAAGUAAGAGAUGAGCCAGAAAAGUUCUGGUACACAAUCUAUAAGAUUGGUUUCAUCAGUCCAUAAGACUGAUAAAACCAAUGGGUUUCUUAGUUCAGAAGUGUUUGAUCCCCAGGACUCUGUAAUGGUAAUAAUCUUUGUGGUUCUUUGUCUCUGUGGCGAAGGAACCCCACAAAGACAUCAAAGUGAUGGAAAGGCCAAAGUUUGGAGAAAGAAAAGAACUGCUUUGAAUUCAAAACACAUAAGGUCAUCUGUGAAGGACGGUGGAGGUAAUGUCAUGGCUUGGCCGUGCAUGGCUGCUUCUGGAACAGGCUCAUUAUUUUUUUAUCGAUGUAAGUGAUGAUGGUAGCAGCAGAAUGAAUUCAGAAGUGUACAGAAACAUUUUGUCUGCCAAUUUACAUGGAAAUGCAUCCAAACUAAUUGGGAGACAUUUUAUCAUGCAGCAGGACAGUGACCCAAAACGCACAUCCAGCAAAACAAAGAACUUCAACAGAGGAAAAAAAUGCAAGGUUUUAAACUGGCCAAGUCAAUCAUCUGACCUUAACCCAAAAGAAAAUGCAUUUCACCUCCUGAAAUGUUUCAGGGGAGAAACCCUCCGAAACAAACAAGAACUGAAAGAAGCAGCGGUAAAAGCUUGGAAUAGCAUCACAAACAAAGAAUGCAACAGUUGGUGAUGUCAACAGGUCACAGGCUUGAGGCAGUCAUUACAAAUAAGAGUUAUAUCACCAAAUAUUAAAUACUAUUCUCGUUAAAUUUCUUUGUUCCUUCUGCUCACCUAAAAAUGCUGUGGUGCAACACAAAUAGUGAGAUAUUCAAAUUUACUUACCACGUCUACUUGUAAAAACCAGGAAAUAAAAGUUGACAUUCUGAACUCGUCCUGUACAUGUUUUGAUGUUAAACCCAAACAUCUUUGAAGCAAUUUGCCUUGCUGUUCCAAUACUUUAGGAGGGGACUGUAUAUUUUCUGUCCGGUGUUGGUAAGGGUUCGAUAUGUCUAAUGAAGGGUUAUGAAAACACAGAGAACUGACAACUGGGCAAAAAUUGUUAAGUUUCUGAGGGCUGUUGAAGUAGUUUUUCCAACAGUCUUCCAAAUUCCCAACCCUAUAUCAAUGAGGAAGCGUUCCAAAUUGAUUCUUGGAGCCUUAUUUCCACUCCAAAACUAAAUCUUAAUGGGUUAGGGUUAAUAUCUUAAUAGGGGAUUUGGACUUUGUAAGGGAAACUGCCUGGCACGAGGAGUUAAGGCAGAAUUAGCUAAAUAAGAACAUUGUUAAAUAAGAACCAGCUGUUCAUUUUUUUGACACGCAUCAGGUGGAUGAAUUUAUGGCCUUUCCUAAAGGUGCUGAUAUCGUAAAGUAUUUCAGUACUCAUCCUCAGCUAAGAAGCUCAAAUGUUUAGAUUUGUGAGAAGAAUUGGAACCAGUAUGGUGUUCAGUUGGAAGCAGAAUCAUCUGUCAGAACUCCCUGUAUGAAUAGCGAUGAGCUCCAAGAUAACACCUCUGCUUGUUCUGGAUCUUCAGCUCAUCUCAUUAGGUUUCAGAUGCUAAGCUGCAGCUCAUUCAGGAAGUUCACAUGUCAGAGGUGGGUUGAUUCCUGCUCUGAGAAGUGGGUUCUGGACUUUGGAAAUGGGUUUUGGGUGGGCUACAUGGAUCAGAGGAAUCAACGGUCAAAUCAACUGGGUCAGUUGACUUUAUCAGACAGACAGUAUCAUUCAUGUCUUCAAAUACAUGAUAUAUCACACUGCUCAUGUUUGAAUCAAAACUUGACCAUUCAAGUUCCAUUUCAAUCUCCAUUUAUAGCAACAAAAAACUCACUUGGAUGUUUGUGUGAUUUUGGGUUGAAGUGGUCGUUGGUUGUCCAGUCAGCGAUUUUUGUUCAGCUGAUUAGCAAAACGUUGGUAUGUUGGUGCUUGAACCUGUACAUUUCAUGACACCAGUGUUCAGCUUUAUUGGAACAUCUGAUUCUGCUACUCAAUGGAUAUUUUAAGUUCCAAAUAAUAAAAGCCUUCAAUCACAACUGUAGAUUGUUCCUGUAGAAUGGCUGUCAGCAACACACUGACGAGUUCUGAGUUGUGGAACCAUCAGCUUCAAAAGAUUUUUGUAAACAUUUAUUUUUUUCAGUCAGAUGUCAAACAGCAGAGUUGCUGUGACACUUUGAGUUGUUACCAUACACACACAUUAUUCUGACCCCUCCCCUCUUUUAUCUGCCGCUACCCAUUUUAUAAUGGGAAAAAAAAACACUGUAAAGUAAUAAACUAUUUAUAAACA